AUGAAUGUAAAUACAAUUACAAAUAUUAAUGAAAAUAAAACUGGACCAUCAUAUUCAAAUUUAAAUGGCAAAAUAGAAGAUUUAUCUAACCAUAAAUCUUUAACUAUUUCAAAUGAAAAAUCUGAGCCUCAUCAAGAAAACAAUAUACUUAAAAAGGGCUCAAGUAGUUCUAAUACACACAAUUCAAAUAGGCCAAAAAAGCGAAAAAAAUUUCCAAGAGACGCUACUGCACCUAAACAACCACUCACUGGUUAUUUUCGGUUUUUGAACGAUCGAAGAGAAAAAGUUAGAAGUGAAAAUCCUACAAUGCCAUUUUCUGAAAUUACAAAACAACUAGCUACUGAAUGGAAUAUGUUACCAAUAGAUCAAAAACAACUUUAUCUGGAUGCUGCUGAACUAGAUAAAGAACGAUAUAAUAGAGAAUUUAAUGAUUAUAAGCAAACUGAAGCUUAUCGAACAUUUUUAGAGAAACAGUCUACUGAAAAACAAAAUGAACUAAAAAAAGAAAGAAAUGGAAUUGAUACUGCUAACAUUAUUACUAAUACGUCUACAGCAAACACAUCUCAACAAGAUAAAAAUGAUGAUUCUGUAACAAUUGAUAUUCCAAUUUUUACAGAAGAAUUUUUGGAUCAUAAUAAAGCCUGUGAAACAGAAUUAAGGCAAUUACGUAAAGCAACAGUAGAUUAUGAAUCACAAAAUGCUGUUUUACAACGACAUGUAGAUAGCUUACACACCGCAGUUAACUGUUUGGAAACUGAGACAGCUCAUCAGCAGAUAACUAAUCAAGCAUUACAGCGGCAUUUAGAAACUUUAAGAUGUCAUCUAGUUUCUUCUUUUUCAAAUAUACCUUUAGCAGAUAUACACGAAGGAGCAACAUUACAAAAUAUUGAUUCUUACAUUGAAAGACUUGAAUUUUUGAUAAACAGUAAUAUGGAAACAUCUUUACAUACAGCAAUUCAUACAGCAGUUUCGCAUCUUGACUUUAUUAAAUGACCUAUACUUUUUAAAGCUGCAACAAUUAAAAAAUUUUAUAGAUCAUAACGCAUAAAAAUAAAUCAUAGAAUCUUUAAAAUAUCAAUCAGCA